UCCAUGUCAAAGCCCAGGGACGACCGAGAAACCAUGGUCCAAUUUGGCUGCAGGUUUGAGCUCCAUAUCCCUUGACGUUCGACCCCACGUGAGUGUGGCGGCUACAGUUAUCCCACGGACCAGCACAGGCCCAGCAACAUGCUCCGUGUACGAAGAUUGCGGGGAGAGUUCACGAUGCAGUUUCUGAUGGACCUUCGGGUGCUCGCAAUGUCGGCUGCUGUUCUUUGAGCCGGAUCCAAAAUCUCACUAUCGGUGCGAGUACUUCUGACACGCAGCAUGACAGCUAUCCAGGGUUUCAGAAUCACAGCAUCUCAUCAGGAGCCUUCCACCGCAUACAGUGUCGACAGCCAUGGAUAACUCGAUCCUGAACGCAAUUCUUACCCGCCUGGCCUUUGCCGGGACUGUCGUCGCUAUCGGCAUUGCAGCAUAUCUGGUAGGCUUGACGGUAUAUCGGCUGUGGUUUCACCCUCUCGCGAGCUUUCCCGGGCCGCUCCUCAACAGAAUAUCAUGGCUCCCUGGCGCCCUUUGGACCCUCCGUGGUCGUCUCCCCAUGGAAACGCGCAAGUUGCACGACAUGUACGGCCCCGUUGUCCGUCUCUCGCCCAACGAGCUGGCCUUCAAUACGCCGCAGGCAUGGACCGACAUCUACGGCCACCGACCAGGGCGUCUGGACCUCGAGAAGGACCCGAUGCACGUGGGCGCCGUGGACUCGGUCCCGGGCGUCUCGACGAUAUCCAUGGCGGACCGCGAGAACCACGCACGGCAGCGCAAGGCGCUGUCGCACGGCUUCUCCAAAAGGGCGCUCUGGGAGCAGGAGGCGACUGUGCAAGGAUUCGUCGACCGGCUCAUCACCCGCUUCCACGAGUUUGCGGAUACAGGCAAGACGUUUGACAUUGUGCGCUGGUACAACUUUGCCACCUUUGACAUCAUUGGCGACCUGAGCUUCGGGGAGAGCUUUGGGUGUCUCGAGACGGGCGACUUCCACUUCUGGAUUGGGCUCAUCCUUGGUGCUGUCAAGGCCGGUGCUAUUGAGCAGGCGAGCAGGCGAUUUGCGACCCCAGGAUCGUGGCUGCAGCAGAGCAUCCAGCGGUGGUCGCAAGGCAAGCUGAAGAAGCAAAGAAGCGAUCAUCUCGAGUACAGCCGAAAAAAGGUGAUGAAACGCAUGCAAAACACGAAGACCGAUCGCAAGGACUUCAUCCAUUACAUCCUCAAGCAGGGCGAGCACUAUGAUCUUUCUCAGGACGAGGUCAUUGUCAAUGCCGCUCUCUUCAUCGUCGCCGGGAGUGAAACAACUGCCAGUGCCCUGGCAGCCCUGACAAACUUCCUCCUGCGCCACCCGAGAGUAUAUGCCAAGCUCAAGGACGAGAUCCGCAGCACAUUUGCCGACGAGGAGGACAUAACCCUCGCGGCGAUGGACAAGCUGGCUUACCUGAACGCCUGCCUCGAGGAAGGCCUGAGGAUGUUCCCGCCCGCCCCGAUCGGGUUUCUCCGCACGAUCCAGCCUCAGGGGGACGUCAUUGGCGGUUAUCAGAUACCUGGUGGUACCGCAGUCUCCGUCUCGUCAUGGUGCGCCAGCCACAGCGCGGACAACUUCCGGGACCCGGACAGCUUCGUCCCGGAGCGGUGGCUCGACAGCAGCAGUGCCGCCACAUCGGACCCGGAGAGCUGCGCGGCGGCGGCGGCGCCUUACAAGACGGACAAGAAGCUCGCGAGCCGGCCGUUCUCGAUGGGCCCGCGGGGCUGCAUAGGCAAAGACCUGAGCUAUGUCGAGCAGAGGCUGGUGAUGGCGCGGAUGGUCUGGAACUUUGACCUCGAACCGACGGACGACAUGCACGAGUGGGAUCCCGAGGACAACAUGAAGAACAUCCUGGCGUAUGGCACCUGGCAGAAGCCCGGGCUUCGGGUCGUGGCGAGGGACCGCCGGAUGGCAGGGAGUAAGUUCUGGAGGAAGAGGAACGGCGCUCGUGGUGGCGGCGGUGGUGGUUGUGGUGAGAAGGAGACUUGAAGGAGGACAGCUUGUUUCCGGUGGCCGCCUUGGGUUGAUCUGCUUGAUGAGCGUGUGCAGUCGGUCAGAAUAAGCUACGCAGUGUGUUCUUGUAGAGCACAAUGCCGAGCACGCACACUUGAGGCAGUCUCUGAUGGUGCUGAAGCAAAUCGCGGAACAGGGGCCCCGGCCUGGUGGCUGACUGGUGGGGCUGCUGCGGGGAACAGGGGAUGGAUUGGCCAGGAUGUGCUAGCGGCGCCGCGAGGGGCGGAAUGUGGAGGUGGAAAUCCGGGGUCGUCCUGGGCCCCGAGACGCCGGGUGGAGGCCCUGGUCCGAGUUGUUGGUGUUUUGAGCUUGUCGCUUGUGUACCAAGGGACCGCUGAAGGAAGACAUCAAUCGACCAUACAGAUAAAAUGAUGGAUGAGUUGGACAGAUG